ACUGCUAUUAUUUUUUCCCAGAAACACCUUACUGGCAUUGCUAUCAACAAUUCUGGGUUACAAGAACCGCAUCAACUCAAUUACGAAUAUUUCUUGCGUCUUAUCCUUUCUACCUUUCUUAAUCCUUUCUUCUCGAGGUUCACAACUUCUCCCCUCAAGGGUCCUACCAAGCAUACAUCGGUUGAUAUACACCCGUCAAGAUGCGUACGGUCGAUAACUCGGUGGGCGAGGGCUUGAUGUUCAUCCGCUUUGCAAAGCUUACCCAGAGAUUCGAGAACGGUGACAUCGUGGUCAGCACCAAGGAGAUUGCCGAAAGUUACCAGGAGCGUCAAACCAAGGAUGGAGAACUUGAUACCGCCUUAGCCACCAUAGUAGGCGACCUACGGAUGUGUAUCUGGGAAGCGAAUUACACCGAUUGGCUAGCGACUGUCAUUCACCGGGCCAAAUAUUCCAAAUUUUUUAGCGAACCCUCCAAGGCCACAAAACUGCAAGCACGACAUCUCUCUCAAGUUGCAUCUGGUCGAUUGGAUUUAGAAGCAGCGAUUCUUGGCUUGGAGCGAGAGCAGGAUUCCCAGGCCAACCUUUUUCGGAGAGCAUGUGCCCACCUAAACCAACCCGAGAGUGCCGUGUUUGAAGCCAUACGGCAAUGCAUCGAUAAGAAGGCUUCGAAGGAUGCCAACGAGAUACUUGCCCUGGAGAAAACCGAGCGGUGGGGUGAACUGUACGGGAGGAUCCUCAGGGACACGAGAAAUCUCCAAGAGUGUAUACCCACUCGAUUCAUCCCGUUUCAGGAGCACGUUAGAGGUGCAUUAAGGGAAUUUACUAGAGCUCAUUCCAUGGGGUGUGCUCGGACCGCGAGGCAUGGCGCUAGUUACGCACUCGCUCAAAAGAGAUCAAACGAAAAUAGACACCCAAUGCAGACCGAGGAGUGGACUGGAGCUGGAGCCCCCAUGUAUGGCGAAAGUAGGAGGGAAAUGAAAGAGAACAAUCAAAAGGUGGAUGCUAGGUUAGGUAAGUUGAAAUCAUAGAGCUGGGAGGAGAUUUGCUGAUGGCGGGGAGUCUAGGCUAGGUGUGGAGAUCCAAGACUAG